AUGGCACCCGCAACACCCGCAACUCACGAUCCUGCCUUGUCCCACGGAGCCCCUCCUGCUCCAGGUGCUCCAGCUCCUGCAAAUGCUCCUCCAAACGCCUCAGGAGACAUUGCUGGAAUGCAGCUCAGCGGACUCGAUCAGUCCCAGAUCAUGAACCUUCUUCGUUCAUUGCCUGGCAUGUUCUCGGGCGGUAAAAUACCCGACCAAGGCCAAGGCAACAAAGAGGAUGCUGCUCAAACGCUGUCCAACCUUGCCCAAGCUCAACCGUAUGGACAACAAUUACCCCUUCACUACCAAGCUGGCGGCCCAGGAGGUCUGCCAGGAAUUAACGACCCAGGCCCGUCCACACAUCCCCGCGGCCCUCCCAACCUUGGCCAACUGAGUGCUGUGGCAAUGCAAGCCGCCCCCGCUCCAAUUCAGCAUCCAGACCAGCAAACGAACCGCAACGAUGGCGAGCAGGCUGGCAAUGCGAGUGCAAGUACCUCCGGAAAGGAUGGUGACAAUGCAGAAUUCGUUCCCCCACCUGCUCCUGCUCCUACAACUGGUCGCCGUGGUGGACGCAGCGCCACCAUGGGAAGUGACGAAUGGAGCAGACAGAGGAAGGAUAAUCAUAAAGAGGUUGAGCGUCGACGCCGCGGCAAUAUCAACGAGGGCAUCAACGAGCUUGGCCGCAUUGUACCCAGUGGGUCUGGCGAGAAGGCCAAAGGCGCCAUCCUUUCUCGAGCUGUGCAGUACAUCCAUCAUUUGAAAGAGAACGAAGCUCGCAAUAUCGAGAAGUGGACCCUUGAGAAGCUUCUCAUGGACCAGGCCAUGGGUGACCUGCAGGCGCAACUCGAAGAGGUCAAGCGUCUGUGGGAAGAAGAGCGUAUGGCGCGCACAAGACUCGAGGCCGAGCUCGAAGUGUUGAGAAAUAUGAACGGCGUGAAUGCUGGCUCGGCCCCGGCCUCGAAAGAUGAGAGUGCUGCAGGUACUAAGAGGAGGAGUACCGAUGGAGCAGAGGCCGCCACCGCCGCCACUGAAAGCAGCACCGCCAAUGCCGAGGGCGAACGCGACGGCAAGCGACAAAGAACCGAGUGA